AUGCAUAGUUUAGCGAAGACGGCCUCCGUUUGCAUUGAGACGCUCAGCCAGAGAGGCGAGACCCCUCACCUGCGCCUCAUCCCUGUGACUUCGCCGAAAUAUCCGAAACUGCAGCUCGGGGCGGAAGCUCUGAAGGACCAAGAGGGGUAUUCUGGCUUUUUGUUUGUCCGUCGUAGACACCAGGCGGGCCUUCGCCGCUGUCCGACCCUGGUGACCCUCACGCUGCUGGCGAUUGCUGCAGCAGCUUACUUGGUGCUGCGCUGCAGACCUCACACAGAGAUCCAGAAUGGCGUUCGAAACGCAACGAGGUCACUUGCAGCUGCUGCGAGGGCACAGGGAGAACUUGGAGGAGUUUGUGGAGGCGGGGAGAGCGGCGAGUUCGCAGAUGAUGUGGCACAAGACGCAGCUCUUGAUGGGGAGGAGCUCCGCGAGCGCGCCGUGCUUUUCACUUAUGGUUUGAAACGUUUCUUUGAAAACUUUAUGUUGGCGCUGCAAAAAGUGUCCACUUCAAUGCGCCGGGAAGGAAUGAGUAUCAUUUUGGCUUUGGCUGUCGUGGAACUAUCUGCCCAGGCAACCUUGCUGAAAGUUGAACAGCGGCAUGGAAUAAAAGCUGUUUUAGAUAGCCUAGAUUUGUUAUACGACACUUUGCGCCGAACUUUCACAAAGAAACAAAUAUCCCUUUGCGGCUUGCGGCACCUUCGGCAGUUGCGGCUCUUCUUAGAGGCACUUCCAGGUAUUAAGUGGGCCGGGGGGGAUAUUUCUCCAACUGAAUUGCUCAGAAAGCUCGAGGAGCUCCUUGAGCUGCAGGAAAGUGUUCUGGAGCAAAUGCUGCAAGGCAUGAAGCAACUGACUGCCCUUAAACCUGCAUUCAAUGGGCUCAUUCCAGAUGAAUUGGCCGACGAAAUCUUGCAAGACAUGCGGCAGACAAUGAUCGUUCGUAGAUUUCAGUUGCUUCGAGACCCUGCUUUAAAUCACUUCUUGCGGGAGCAACACACAGAACGAGUGCGCUUCGGACUUUGUGCCUUCUGGCAAAUCCAAAGGGCUCUUGCGCGUCCUUUGGAACAACAUCAUGUGCUAUUGGCCGAGCUCGCAAGCACGCCUCUUGGUUUGCGUUUAAGUCAAGAGCAGAGCGAGGCUUCGGGCGCCCUGCAGGGCAAUCUAGAGAGUCUUUCUUUAGAGAACAGUGCAGAGCCUGCAGUAGAGUCUGCAGACUCUGCGGUUUUGCUGAAGGCUUCAGAGGACUUGGGAACUGAGGGCGAUUCCCUUGAGGCAAAGAAGCCUUCUGAUGAUUCAUAUGAUUUAGCAGUUGAGGACAACUCCCCGAAGGCAAAUGAGCCUCCUGAUGAGACAUAUGGCUUUGCAACUGAGAACGAAUCCCCGAAGGCAGAUGAGCUUUCUGAUUGUUCAGAUGGCUUUGGAGCCGAGGCCGAUUCUUCGAAGGCAGGUUAUCUCUCUCAUGAACAAUAUGACUUUGGAGCUGAGGCCGAUUCCCUGAAGGCAGUUAAUCCUUCUCAUGAGACAUUUGGCUUUGGAGCUGUGGACAGUUACCCGAAGGUAGAUCAGCUUGCUGAUAAGGCAGAUGACUUUGGAGCUGUGGAAGCUUACCCGAAGGCAGAUGAGUUUGCCAGUGAGGCAUAUGGCUCAUUGGCAUAUUACCCGAAUGCAGAUGGUCCUUCUCUUGAGGCAUAUGGCUUAGGAGAUGAGGCCUAUAACCCGAAGGCAGAUAAUGUUCCUCAAGAGGCAUAUGGCUUUGGAGCUGAGGCCUAUAACCCGAAGGCAGAUAAUGUUCCUCAAGAAGCAUAUGGCUUUGGAGCUGAGGCCUAUAACCCCAAGGCAGAUAAUGUUCCUCAAGAGGCAUAUGGCUUUGGAGCUGAGGCCUAUUAUCCGAAGGCAGAUGAUCCUUCUCAAAAGGCAUGUGGCUUAGGAGCUGAGGCCUAUUAUCCGAAGGCAGAUAAUGUUUCUCAAAAGGCAUAUGGCAUAGGAGCUGAGGCCUAUUACCCGAAGGCAGAUAAUGUUUCUCAAAAGGCAUAUGGCAUAGGAGCUGAGGCCUAUUAUCCGAAGUCAGAUAAUGUUUCUCAAAAGGCAUAUGGCAUAGGAGCUGAGGCCUAUUAUCCGAAGGCAGAUAAUGUUUCUCAAAAGGCAUAUGGCUUAGGAGCUGAGGCCUAUUAUCCGAAGGCAGAUAAUGUUUCUCAAAAGGCAUAUGGCUUAGGAGCUGAGGCCUAUUACCCGAAGGCAGAUGAUGUUUCUCAAAAGGCAUAUGGCUUAGGAUCUGAGGCCUAUUACCCGAAGGCAGAUGAUCCUUCUCAUGAGGCAUAUGGCUUUAAAGUUGCGGACGAGUACUUGGAGGCAGAUGAGCUUGCUGAUGAUGCAUAUGGCUUUGGCCUGGAGGAAGAUUUCCUGACGGUAGAUAAGUUUGGUAAUGAGGCUCACUAUGAGCAUUUAUAUGCAGGCUCGGGCCAGGCUGCAGUGCCAGCAGUAACUUACAAUUCCCUCAGGGCCUCUGGACUCCCUCUUGCGGAUGAUUCCUCAUAUAGGAUAUCAGAGGAGCCUAAGGCUCGAAGUGACUAUGUGGAAACUGCGCAUGUCUCGCUUCCGCAGCGACCUGCAUUUUCCGUUUUGACAGAGGCAAUUAAGCAAUUUGAAGCUACUCGAACCCUGCAGCAAGCUGUUUCCCAAGGAGCAGCCUUACUACAGAGCGCUUCUUCGCUGUUAAGCCCCUAUGGACUUCCCAGAUACACCAGGCCCUUCGCAGCGCCUGGUGCGGCCGAAUUUUCCGACAAGUCUUUCGUCUUUGGGCAGUCUGGAAGCCCCGAAAAAACUUGGUUUGUUGGGGCUCCAGCCCCCGGUAAGCCUUCCACGGCUUUGGGGGCGGCGCAGUACACCUGGAGGCUUCCCAGUAACCCUCCAGCUCAAUACCCAGUAAUGCGACUGCCGCUAGAUGCGCAGUAUUCUUCUCCGCGAGCUGAUCUCAUGAAGCAACAUCGCUUGGAGCCAAGGCAGCAGCAGCCUUUCCCUGGCCAACACCUCAUGCACAUGACGGGUGCUGGAAGUCAUUUGCCACAGGUUCCAUCUGAAAGACCACCGAUUCAAGCGGCGGCUGAAGUCACUUAUGGUGCAUUUAGCGGCCUUCUGCAUCAGUUGAGUCACCCAAUGCAGGCCGGAGGAACUCCAGCACUCAAACAUGAGGCUUAUUCCUCUCAUGAGGCUUUAAGAGGAGCUGCGGAGUCAAGACAAGCACAUCCGGCUGCUGGGCUGUGGGAAAGAGCCCCUGGGCGUCGCGAGCCGAAUCGACCCUUCCAUGGGGUGCCGCUAGGAGAACCCUUACCCAAGUACCGAUUGAACUAG